GGAGUCCUCCUUAAAUCUUAAUACUGAACCGAAAUGGGGGCAACAUAAGCGUAACCAGAACGCUGGUAAGCAUAACAACACGUAUUUGCCUUUUUUUAAAGAGAAAGCUACUCAACUGCGCCUGACUCAUCUCAAUUCAAUGGCUGACCCGGAGUUGGAAGCUAUCAGGCAAAGAAGAAUGCAGGAGCUAAUGGCGCAAAGAGGAGGCGCUGCAAAUCAGCCAAACCCUGAACAGCAGAAUGCCCAGGAGGAAGCUAAAAGGGAGGCAGAUGAACGGCGACAAAUGAUGCUUAGUCAGAUUGUUUCAUCUGAAGCACGUGAAAGAAUUGCUCGAAUUGCAUUGGUGAAGCCUGAAAAGGCCAGAGGAGUUGAAGAUGUUAUACUGAGAGCUGCUCAAAUGGGUCAAAUAGUUGAGAAAGUUUCUGAAGAAAGGCUUAUAUCGUUGCUGGAACAAAUUAAUACCCAGACUGCGAAGCAGACCAAAGUCACUAUCCAGAGGCGCCGUAGUGUUCUUGAAGAUGAUGAUUAGCUGAGAUCAUUUUUUCAUUUACUUAUCCAUUGUGUCAUUCGUAUGAUCAUGUGCUUGGCUUGGCGGCGUUCAAAAUUUAACUGCAUUUUACUGCACAUGCGGGUUUGCUAUUUAGUCUGUAUUAUUAAAUGUAAUUUCAUAUUUAACUUUGGUUAUUGAAUGAUCUAUUAUUGUGUUUAUUGUGACAAACAUCUUGAUAGUUAUGUUGCCUAAAUUAGUGUCAUAUCUUAGCGUGAUUCUUGUGA